UGCACCUUUCGCUAUGGCCGGCCUGAACGUUUCCAUCGCCUUUUUCUUCCUGGUGCUUGGCACGUGUGAGGCGCUCAGGCGGCUCUCCAAGAGGCUGCUGGCCCCGGGGCUGUUGGGGAGCCUGGCUGCAGAGCUGGCUGGCUCACUACAGCUGUGCUCGGGCUGCCUGGAGCUGAGGAUGCUGAUGGAGAUCGGCCCGUGGGGCGGCCUCGGCCCCGACGUGGUCCUGACUCUGCUCUUCCUCCUCUUUGCGGUUCACACCGCCGGCGCAAAUGGAGCAGCUGCCAACCCCACCAUCUCUCUCCAGGAGUUCCUUCUCUUCGAACACGGCUCCGUGGCUACUGUGGCCAAACUACUGGCCCAGUGUGCGGGUGCAGGGAUGGGCUGGGCCCUCACCAAGCUCUACUGGUCCUGGGAGCUGACGCAGCUCCACCUCUUCCAGAACAUCAUGGCUUCUGAGUGCAGCUCCUCCAUCCACACGUCCCCCCACCUCGGAGCUCUGGUGGAGGCCGCCUGCUCCUUCUUCUUCCACCUCAUCCUCCUCAGGACGCGCCGCAGCCCUGCCGUGUGCCGAGUGCCUGUCCUGGCAGCCACUGUCACCUUCCUGACCUACGUAGCCGCACCGGCCACGGGAGCCUUCUUCAACCCUGCCCUGGCCACUGCCAGCACCUUCCUGUGCGCGGGGAGCAGCCUGCGGGACUACAUCCAGGUGUACUGGCUGGGGCCCCUCACAGGGAUGCUCGCCGCCCUCUUGCUCUACCAAGGCAACAUCCCAAGGUUCUUCCAAAAAAACCUGCUGUAUGGCCAGAAGAGCAAAUACAAGAUACCCAAGGCCAGGGUGACACAUGCAGAAGAUGGAGAGCAGCGGCAGACAGGGAAAGGAGAGAAGAGCAACCCAACGCCUCGUGCCUGAGCCCCUUCUGCUGGGAGCAGUUCUGGCAUGGAGCAUUUUGUACACUCUAAAAGCCUACAAUGCCAGCCGUGGGGGGGAAACUAAUGUGUUUGCAGAAAUUACUGGUUGUCUGGUGUACGCAGGAAGCUUGCAGAAACUCAGGACCAUUGCGUGGGCAUGCUUGGGCAACUCCCAGGUGGUUGCAUCAUGCCAUGGUUGAAAUAAUCCGUGUGCGUCUCUUACAGCCAUAAAAACAGUGUAAUAAGUCUUGGAGAGUUGGGAUGAGGAGGAAACUAUCUGUAAUGUUUGGCAUUAUUUGAGCUCAACCGAGGUCCCUGAAUCGCACAGCUCAGGGACGCGUCUUUAAAAUAGUCUGAAAUUCACAGCAGCAGGGCACAGCACGCCCUGCUCCCCCAGUGUGAUUCUUAGCCUGUGUUUUGCAUGCAGCUGGGGAGCUGCAAGGUGACAAU